AUGGCAGCGACGGUGACGCUGGAGCCGGCGGGCCGCUGCCGCUGGGACGAGCCCGUGCGCAUCGUCGUGCGCGGCCUCGCCCCGGCGCAGCCGGUCACGCUGCGCGCGUCCCUGCGCGACGAGAAGGGCGCGCUCUUCAGGGCCCACGCGCGCUACUGCGCCGACGCCGCCGGCCUGCUGGACCUGGAGCGCGCGCCCGCGCUGGGCGGCAGCUUCGCGGGGCUCGAGCCCAUGGGGCUCUUCUGGGCUCUGGAGCCCGAGAAGCCCUUGCUGCGCCUGGUGAAGCGGGACGUGCAGACGCCCUUCGCCGUGGAGCUGGAGGUGCUCGACGGUCACGAGCCCGAGGCCCAACGGCUUCUGGGCCGGGCGGUGCACGAGCGCGACUUCCUGGCGCCCGGGGUGCGGCGCGAGCCGGUGCGCGCGGGCCGGGUGCGCGGCACGCUCUUCCUGCCGCCAGGCAGCAAACCCUUCCCUGGAAUCCUCGACCUGUUUGGAAGUAGUGGUGGCCUUUGUGAAUACAGGGCCAGCCUCUUGGCCGGACAUGGUUUUGCUGUGCUUGCCCUGGCUUAUUUCAGAUUCGAAGACCUCCCUGAACAUCUGAAUGAUGUGUGCCUGGAGUAUUUUGAAGAAGCCGUGGACUUCAUGCUACAGCAUCCAAAGGUGAAAGGCCCUGGUGUUGGGCUUCUUGGCUUCUCCAAAGGAGGUGACCUGUGUCUCUCAAUGGCCUCUUUCUUGAAAGGCAUCACAGCCACUGUAGUUAUUAAUGCCUGCGUAGCCAACACAAUAGCUCCUCUGCGUUACAAAGAUAUGAUUAUUCCUGAGCUCAGCUAUGACCUAAAAAAACAUACAAUCACUGAGUCAGGCUUUUUAAAUUUUGUGGAUAUUUGGGACAACCCACUGGAGAAAACCAACCACCAAAGUCUUAUUCCAUUGGAAAAGGCCCAGGGGCCCUUCCUGUUUAUUGUUAGCAUGGAUGAUCAUAACUGGAAGAGUGAAGUCUAUGCUCGUAUAGCCUCUGAACAGUUACAAGCCCAUGGGAAAGACAGACCCCAGAUAAUCUACUAUCCAGGAAGUGGCCAUUGUAUUGACCCACCUUAUUUUCCUCUUUGUAGAGCCUCUGUGCAUGCAGUUUUGGGCCAACCAGUAUUCUAUGGAGGUGAGCCAAAGGCUCACUCAAAAGCACAAGCAGAUGCCUGGCAGCAAAUUCAAACUUUCUUCCAUAAACAUCUCAAUGGUAAAAAGUCUGUCAGGCCCAGCAAAUUGUAA